GGCGCAGCCCUGCAAAGCUCUGCGCUUUCUCCCAAGGAGGAGGCGUUUCAGCGUCUCUCUCCCUCUCUCUGUCCACCUCUCCUCCCUCUCUGCCCGUCCUCCUCCGGCUGGAUCAGAGGAGAUCUCAGUCGGAGCCGGAGAGGAGUGGCGGUCGGUCGGCAUCUCUGCAGCCUCCCCGCCGCUUCACCAUGGACCUGCGGACUACGAGGGUGUUGGGGAUUAUCGCUCGGGUCGCUCUGCUGCUGAGCGGGACAGCAGCAGAAGAGGUGUGUGACAGUGCUCUGGUUUCCAAUCUGCCACCUUCAUCGUUCAGGAGCUCCUCCCAGCUGUCCAGCAGCCAUGCACCGGGCUUCGCCAAGCUCAACAGGAGAGACGGAGCUGGAGGCUGGUCUCCUCUUAGUUCGGACAGGUACCAGUGGCUGGAGGUGGACCUGGGCGAGCGGACCAAGAUCACUGCUGUGGCGACACAGGGCCGCUACGGCAGCUCUGAUUGGCUGACGUCUUACCAACUGAUGUUCAGCGACACGGGACACAACUGGAAGCAGUACAGACAAGAGGACAGCAUAGGGUCUUUUCCAGGUAACUCUAAUGCAGACAGUGUGGUUCAGUACAAACUGCAGCAGCCUGCAGUCGCUCGCUUCCUCCGCCUCGUUCCUCUGGACUGGAAUCCCACCGGACGGAUCGGACUCCGGCUGGAGGCCUACGGAUGUCCUUACACCUCCGACAUGGUGAGCUUCGACGGCAGCAGCAGCCUGACUUACUGGCCCGGUCCGGCGCCAAGGCGGGGAUCGAAGCCGGUCGUCUCCCUCAAGUUCAAAACCAUGAGGAACUCCGGGACACUGCUUCAGGCCGAAGGGCAGGACGGACUGGAGCUCAGCCUGGAGCUGGACAGGGGAAAGCUACAGCUGCUGCUCAGAGACGUCACAUCUUCAUCCUCUGAACCCCGGCCGCUAACCUCCCUCGGCAGCCUGCUAGACGAUCAACACUGGCACCACGUGGUACUGAGACAAAAAAACUCUCAGCUGAACUUCACUGUGGACAAACAUACAAAGACGGUUGAGACCCCUGAAGUGUUCAACCUCUGGGACAUCAAACUGCUAACUGUAGGAGCACCCCAGGAUCCAGCUGGACCCGGGAAAAACUUCCAAGGCUGUCUGGAAAACCUGGUUUACAACGGUGUUAACCUAACAGAACUAGCAAAAACCAAUGACGAACAAGUUGAUAUAAAUGGCAAUGUGACCUUUUCUUGUGCCGAGCCAGUUUCUGUUGCCGUGACGUUCCCCGGACCCCACAGUUUCCUCCAGCUGCCCUGGACUGCACCGUCGUCUUCAGCGGGCAUGUCCAUAGCAUUUCAGUUCCGGACGUGGAAUAAGGCUGGGCUUCUGCUCACCUUUGACCUCCCUCAGCAAGGGGGCGAGGUCUGGUUGUACCUGAUUGAUGCCCGACUCCACCUGCAGAUCCAGAAAGGAGGCAGGGUGCUGCUGGACCUCAGUGCAGGAUCUGCAUUAAAUGAUGGUCAGUGGCAUAUGGUGGAUCUUACCUCCAGGCGAGGCCGUCUGACGGUCUCAGUGGACAAACAGAAGGGCGGUGUCGCUCAAGCGUCUCCAUCGUUUCCUGUUAUGGGAUCGCACCAGAUUUUCUUUGGAAGUAAAGGUUGUGCUACUGAGAAUCGCAGUCAGGAAUGUAGAAAUCCCCACAACGCUUUCCAGGGCUGUAUGCGUCUUCUCGCUUUGGACAACCAGCUAGUUGACCUGAUCAUGGUGCAGCAAAGACUUCUAGGAAACUACAGCCAACUCCAGAUCGACGUGUGCGGCAUCAUCGACAGGUGUUCUCCCAGUCACUGUGAGCACGACGGCCUCUGCAGUCAGACCUGGACCGUCUUCCACUGCAACUGCUCCGACAGCGGCUACAGCGGCGCCACCUGCCACAGCGCUGUGUACGAACAGUCCUGUGAAGCGUACAAACACAGCGGCAACACGUCGGGAUAUUUUUACAUCGACGUGGACGGCAGCGGACCCAUCAAGCCACAGCUGGUUUACUGCAACAUGACAGAUGACAAUACAUGGAUGGUGGUGCAGCACAACAACACAGAGCUGACCAAAGUUCGCCCUUCGGCGGGGGAAAACCAGCAGUUGGUUUACUUUGACUACAUGUCUGAGGAGGAGCAACUGGCAGCCAUCAUCCACCAAUCAGAGCACUGCCAACAGGAGCUGUCCUAUCACUGCAGGAAGUCCCGCCUUCUCAACACUCAAGAGGGGUCUCCGUUCAGCUGGUGGCUCGGUGGUCCCGGGCUCGGCCGGGUCCAGACUUACUGGGGCGGAGCUCAUCCAGGCAGCCAGCAGUGUGCCUGCGGCCUGCAGGGCGACUGCGUGGACCCACAGCUCUACUGUAACUGCGACGCCGACCGGCUGGAGUGGAGCGAAGACUCGGGCCUUAUUUCCCACAAGGACAGCCUGCCGGUCAGAUCCCUGGUGCUCGGUGACGUUUGGAGGCCGGGUUCAGAAGCGGCUUACAGGGUGGGAUCGCUGCAGUGCCAUGGUGACAAGAACUUCUGGAACGCUGCAUUCUUCGACAAGGAGACGUCGUACCUCCACUUCCCCACCUUCCACGGCGAGCUGAGCGCAGACGUCUCCUUCUUUUUUAAGACCACGGCUUCCUUCGGGGUGUUCCUGGAAAACCUGGGCAUCAAAGACUUCAUCCGCAUCGAACUGAGCUCCUCCACUCAGGUUGUUUUUUCCUUCGAUGUUGGAAACGGCCCGCUGGAGGUUCGCGUCGACUCGAGCUACCCGCUCAACGACGACCGGUGGCAUCGAGUCCGAGCCGAACGGAACGUGAAGGAGGCGUCCCUCCGCCUGGACGAUCUUCCUGUCUCCACCCAGGAGGCUCCGGCUGACGGACACAUCCACCUGCAGCUCAACAGCCAGCUCUUCAUAGGAGGCACCGCGUCCAGGCAGAGGGGUUUCCGAGGCUGUAUCCGCUCUCUGCAGCUGAACGGCAUCACUCUGGACCUGGAGGAAAGGGCCAAGAUCACGCCCGGGGUUCGGCCCGGCUGCCCGGGUCACUGCAGCAGCUACGGCUCGCUGUGCCAGAACCAGGGCCGCUGUGUGGAGAGAGCCAGGGGCUUUCACUGUGACUGCAGCCAGUCGGCUUACACUGGAGUCUUCUGUCACACAGAGGUGUCGGCCGACUUUAAAUCUGGAACGUCCGUCGGCUACACCUUCAAAGAGCCGGACGAGCUGAGCAGAAACGGCAGUGACCCGCCCUCCUCCAUCCACUCUGACCCGAUUCUGCGAGGAGAAAAGGUCUCUCUGAGCUUCAGGACGACACAGAGUCCAGCUCUGCUGCUCCACGUCAGCUCCCACUCCACAGAGUAUUUAGCUCUGCUCAUCAACAGGCACGAUGAGCUGGAGCUGAGAUACAAGCUGGACAGCAGCAGAGAUGCAGACGUGCUGAGGAGCAGCGUAAGGGGAGUGGCCAAUGGGCUCCUGCACACCGUCGCCAUCAGGAGGUCGGCCGACUCCGUGUCCGUGCAGAUUGAUGAUAAUGCGAGAGAAGACUUCAACCUCAGCUCCGCCGAGGAGCUCAGCAGCCUGAAGUCUCUUGUUCUGGGCCGAGUGCAGAGUCCAGAUGACUUGGAUCCGGACCUGGCCCGGCUCGGCUCUCUCGGCUUCACAGGCUGUCUGUCAGUGGUUCAGUUUAACUCCAUCGCGCCUCUGAAAGCGGCCCUGCUGCACCCGGACACCAGCCCCGUGGUUGUCCUCGGACCUUUAGUCCGGUCUAACUGCGGUUCGUCAGCUUCAGCCAAUCCAUACUCAGCUGAGAACACGCACCACCUGUCAGACCAGUCUGGUUCUGUGGGUUCUGGUCAACCUCUAGUUAAUGCCAUGAAGACGGACUCAGCUUUGAUCGGAGGUGUCAUCGCAGUUGUGAUCUUUGUGAUCGUGACCGUCUUCGCCAUAACCGCCAGAUUCCUCUACAGGAGAAAAGAGACGUAUCGAAGCCGUGAAGUCAAGGCAGGCAAACAGGAAGACAGCCAAGAUUUCCGUUACAGCAACCAGACUGAUGGCCAAAACGUGUCUGGGGAAAACUCAAAAGAGUUUUUCAUGUAACUGGGGGCCUGUCGGGGACGAUGUCCUGCUGUUCAUCCAAGAGGAGGCUGCAGACAGGAGCGUUCGACCACGCCUCAGGACUUCACACUGCACUACGAGCCAGUUGCACACGUUAAUGGAUGCACAAAUGGACCUGUGGGGGGAAAAAAAACAGUGCACACAGUUUUGUCUUUUACUGUAUAUUGUGUAUAUGCUUAACUUAAACUGACAGCAAUGCUGGAACUCGGAGGUGUUAAAAAUCCUUGUUUAAAGAACUGUAAAUAUUAAAAAUGUAAAUGUGAACGUAAUGGGUGGUCUUACAUAGUGAAAGAUUGUUUUAUGGAUUGUUUUAACUUUGUGCUGGUAAUGUUGCUGAUGGCACUUUUUCUAGGAGAAAAGAAUGAAUGUUUGCAUAGUGUUAAGGGGAUUUUUUUUUACCCUUAAUCUGGUCCCUGAGAGGAGGUCUUCUGUAAGAGCUGCUGUUUGCACACGUGCAAACCUUUUAAUCGUGUGUGCUGCUUUGUGGAAAAACAAUAUUAACUCUACAGAUGAUUCAUACCCUUGUUCAGUAUCUCAAAGGGGAAUUUAUUUAUAUUGUUUUCAAGUGGGGUUGUGAGUACUAGUUUAAAGUAGUCACUAUCUUACCUGCAGUAGCCAGCUGUAAGCGUAAUCUAAGUUUGGGGGACCCAAGUUAAUAGCCACUCAGAGCGGGGACCAUUAAAAAAACUCAAAAUUACCCAGCGUGUGGUUUAGGUUAUUUUCACACCGAGAAAACAUCCAAGCAAACCAAACUAUGACGGCACAAACCACACAAGAACAUUUGGCCUGUAUAUUUAGUCAGGUGUGUUCGGGGUGGGAGAGCCAAAUUUAAAUACAGUAACCAGAGAAUGUGGUCCAAGCUAGUUGAAAACACAAAAUGUAAUCAUAUCAUUGGUGUGCUUCUUCAUAGUAUUUCAGGCAAGAAAGGCUCCAUUAAUCUGCUCUGCUCUGAUAAAGAAAAUGCUGUGAGUAAACAAAGGUGGCAAGAGAAUACAGUUUUUAGUUCAACAGAUGCAUGAGAUAUUUUCACUUUACCAACUUAACCACACCCAUCCAAAUUCUGACCAAUCACACGACAGUUGUCGGACACCCUGUUCCUGCUCGGGGAGCAGGAACAGAUUUUUUGCUUCUCGCUGAGUAGUUAACAGCGUUUGACUCUAGCUAGCUAUUAACUUUACUGGACAAUGAUAAUUCCUUCUUGUUUUUCCAAAAUUAACAUUGUGAUUACUGUUCGCUGCAGGUAAGAUACUUUCUCCACAUUACUUACUCAGCAACCCCACUUAUACUGGUAAACCGUGUCUUUGAGACUUAAAAUACUUUAUAAAUCAGCUAGCAUAAAACAUACUAAAAGAUCAAACAAACUUGUUUCUUUCAUCUGACAAAUUAGGGAACAUUUUAAAAUGCAGUAAACAUUGCCUUUUCUUUUCAUCAGACCAAAGGAAGAUUAUAAAAAUGCCCCAAAAAAUGAAUGUCUAUCGUCAACACUGUACAUUAAUUUAAUAAAAGUCUCAUCAUGAGGUUACUAAGA